UUCAUCUUCAUGCAACAACAACGGUUCAUCAUCAUCAUGGGAAAUUCCUAUAUCUGGGCAGCCAUUUUUUCUCUUCUUUUUGCUCUAUCUUCAUCAUCUUCAGAUGGGUUAGUUAAAAUUGGUUUAAAGAAGAAACCUUUGGAUUUACAUUCUAUUCAAGCUGCAAGAGUAUCCAGAUUGCAACUUCAAAAACGUUAUGUUGGAGAAGAUAACAGUUUUGGAGAUUUUGAUGGAGAAGUUGUAAUCUUGAAGAACUAUCUUGAUGCACAAUACUAUGGAGAAAUCAGUAUUGGCACUCCUCCUCAGAAUUUCACUGUUGUUUUCGAUACCGGCAGCGCCAAUUUAUGGAUUCCAUCUUCAAAAUGCAUUCUUUCCAUUGGUUGCUUAGUUCAUAACAGAUACAAGCACAAGAAAUCCAGCACAUAUAAAAAUAUUGGUGAUCGUUGUAAAAUACAUUAUGGGUCUGGGACGGUUUCUGGAGUUCUCAGUCAAGAUAGUGUUCAGAUUGGUGAACUUAUUGUUCAUGAUCAGAUAUUUAUGGAGGCGACAAGGGAAGGGGGACUUUCUUUCGCAACAUCUCAAUUCGAUGGGAUAUUUGGACUCGGUUUUCAGGAAAUCGCAGUUGGAGACGUAGUUCCAGUCUGGUACAACAUGGUCGAACAAGAGCUUUUGAAAGAGGAAGUGUUCUCUUUUUGGAUCAACCGCGAUCCUAACGGAAAAGAAGGUGGUGAGAUUGUUUUGGGAGGCGUAAACACGAGACGUUUCAAGAAGAAACAUAACUAUGUCCCAUUGACUCAAAAAGGUUAUUGGCAGUUUCAAAUGGAUGAUUUUAUCCUUGGAAACCACACAACAGGUUUAUGCGGCGUUGGUGGAUGCGCCGCUAUUGUGGACUCUGGAACGUCGCUAAUUGCUGGUCCAAGUAGUGUGGUAGCUGAAAUAAACCACGCGAUCGGAGCUGAAGGCGUAGCGAGUAUGCAAUGUAAGGAAAUAGUGAUACAAUAUGGAGAACAGAUUUGGGACCUUCUAGUUGCAGGGGUACAACCUCAAGAAGUUUGUCAAAGGAUUGGGUUAUGCAUUUUGAAAGAUCCCCAUUCUGAGAGUAAUGGAAAGAUAAAGACAGUUGUUGAGAAAGAAAAUGAAGUUAAAGCAAUCCCAUUUUGCACAUCUUGUGAGAUGCUUGUUGUUUGGAUUCAAAACCAACUGAAACAAAAGCAAACCAAGGAGUCAGUUUUUGAAUAUGCUAAUCAGCUCUGCGAGAGCCUUCCUAGUCCGAUGGGCGAGUCGGUUGUAGACUGUUCCAAAUUGGCCACCAUGCCUGUCUUGACAUUCAUAAUUGGAGGCAGAAACUAUAAACUCACUCCUGAACAGUACAUCCUGAGAUCCGGGGAAGGCCCGGUUGAGGUCUGUGUUAGCGGUUUCCUCGCACUUGAUGUCCCUCCGCCUCGUGGCCCUCUAUGGAUUCUUGGAGAUGUCUUCAUGGGCGUGUACCACACAAUAUUCGACUAUGGAAAUCUCCAACUCGGCUUUGCAAAGGCGAUAUAUUAGUGAAAAUAGUUUUUUUUUACUUUACCCUUUUUGUGCAAUUGUGAUGUGAUUCCAUUAAGAUUAUAGUUGUUGAAGCAUCAGUCUGUCGGAUUGACAUGAAAUAAAGAAAAAUCUGUAUGUUUUAU